CACAGAACAGCAGCAUGCGACUGCCGCGGGUCGUCGGGCGCAAGGCGCUGCACGCGACCAAGUGGCUGCGCCUCCUCGAGGUGACGUACCAGGACCUCGACGGCGUCGAGCGGGCCUACUCGGCCGUCGAGCGGACGACGCGCCCGCCGAGCGCCGACGCGGACGCCGUCGUGGUCCUCCCGCUGCUCUCGGCGCCGACCGGGCCUGUCGCCGUGCUCGUGCGGCAGUUCCGCCCGCCCCUGGACAAGUGGAUCGUCGAGCUCCCGGCGGGGCUCAUUGACGCCGGCGAGUCGGUCGCAACCACGGUGCAGCGCGAGAUCAAGGAAGAGACGGGCUACGAUGUCUCGGAGAUCGUCUCGAUCGGCCCUGUCGUUGCCAGCGAUCCUGGGUUGACGAGCAGCACCUGCCGCUUCGUCGUGGCCCGCGUCACGUCGGACGGCGCGCCCACGCCAGCGCUGGAAGCAACCGAGAUGAUCCAAGUGCUCCAUGCGCCUCUCGCGACGCUCCUCGAGACGCUCCAUGCCCGCGAGACGACCCAUGGCGACGCGAUCGACUCUCGGCUCUACAGCUUCGCCCUUGGCCAGCACCUUCGCCUUCUCUAGGCUGGCGUACAGAGAAGAGACCUCGAAAACAAGUGUAUCUUCUU